AUGUAUUGGCAAAGCAAUGGUGACUACCUGGCUGUGAAAGUUGAUCGGUACACAAAAACAAAGAAGAGUACGUAUACUGGGUUUGAGCUUUUCAGAAUUAAAGAGAGAGAUAUUCCCAUUGAAGUAUUGGAACUUGAGAAUAAGAAUGAUAAGAUUAUUGCAUUUGCUUGGGAGCCAAAGGGCCAUAGAUUUGCAGUUAUUCAUGGCGAUAACCCUAGGCCUGACAUAAGUUUCUACUCAAUGCGGACUGCUCAUAAUACUGGUCGGGUUUCAAAACUCACAACUAUCAAGGGCAAGCAGGCAAAUGCACUUUACUGGUCACCAGCUGGUCGGUUCAUUGUGCUGGCUGAAGUAGAUUAUAUAUAA